UUAGAGUUUGAUCAUUCUUGUCACGAAACGAUCUUAUCUUCCUUACUUCGUCCUUUCAGCAAGAUGUACUGUGUGUUAGUUGUGGCCGUAUGCCUUUUUGGGCAGAUAUGUGGUAUGACAACCUUCACGCCCACCACUCAUCGCCAUCACGUUCACGAAUCUAACGAGUUCGACCAGGGCCUGUUUUACUAUGACGCCAAAUCGCAUCAAAUGGUGAUGAAGCUGGGAAGCAGAUGUUAUAUUGAGAAGCUGAAAGCUUCACAGCGACCCCAAGUACACACAACAGACGGACUACUGAAGAUGGAGAGUAAUCUGAUGUUCCUCGUAGCCAAGGGAACCCAAACACAGAUGUCACAUGACGAUGUUAAUGACCUAAGUAUGCAUGUAGAACAUAUGUGUGCUGGUCAGGACGUAUUCGUGGUGUCGCAUCCCCACCACGGACACACUACAGUACCUACAACAAUGGGUGUAAUUGGUUAAAUAAAUUGGAAUUUAUAUGUCAA